GCCUGUAUGACGGAACAGCGGCGGGAUCUGUGUUGUUUUAACAUGUAUAUUAGGCGCGGUUUUUCAACUCAAGUCUAUCAAACGAUCUCCCAGCGCAGGUACGGGAUAUGAAGUCAACAUGUGUUUUCGAGUAAAGGUGUACUACUCGUCCUCCGACCAUCACAGUUACUGUUGUUGGAAGAAGACUGCAGUGUUCGAUGGGCGAAAGACGAAGCUUGAUCGCGUCCAGCGUUGCUCAAAUGCACGAGCAGGCACAUGUUACCGGGGAUAUGUGCGAAUGGCGUCGUAUGUGUUGAGAUACCCACUCAAGUGCCCAUGGGCUCGUUCCCUUUGGAAGUCGUUAAUGGUGCCACCGAAUCCCGGGUCCGAUAGGUUCAAAGUAAAUCAGCGGCUGCAGGCCGUCUAUGGCGCUUCCGAAGGCCAGGAGCAAAUCAGCCAAAGGGUUGAGCGAGUCAUGCAGGAGGUCAAGCAGCUCGUCGAGCAGUGUGAUCAGGACGCAGCCCGUAAAGAAGAGGCAUUGGACGCCGAGUUACAACGGAUUCUACGCGACAUCCAUCGUUCGUCCAUCCCGGUUGCGGAGUGCCAGGAGCGAUUGGACUUGGUUACCAGGCCGGUUGACUACGCCAAGUAUGAGUAUGACCGAAAGCAGAUCUUGGAAAACUCGACAGGCGGACCGUAAAUCGUAACAAGGCUGUAUGAGCCUCUGGGUUUAGGGAUGUGACCAGACCUUGGCUCGUAUCCAAGUUCAUAUAUAGGUCAAGAUUGAGGACCAGCUAUCCGAGCGGUCCAAGUCAGUCAGUUGGUGUCAAAAAGGGAGGCAGGACUUUUACUUACAUGUAUUAUGUAUACAUGUACAUACUAGUAGUUGUAUUUGUACUGGCUUGGUGCUUGCUAUUACAGUCGUACCCGACACCGACGAAUCUGAAGG